AUGACUGUCGCAGGUUGUACGAAGGCUGAAGACAGCAAUGUCACCACGGGACCUUAUAAUCUAGAGUCGAGCUGCGACAAUGAGAAGGAGCUAAAGGCAACAUCCAUCUCCGUUGCGGAUUGCGAGCUGGGGCCGGCAUCGCUUUCUUCGCCUACGGACAGCGACAGUGAGGACCGAGUGGAAGACGAUGCCGCAUCAAUCAGCAAUCAGAGGGAGCUCCUCUCCAACAGUCGUCUCAUGGUGGCGUUUCCAGCUCUCGCUAUCGCACUUUUCGUCUCUUUCAUCGAUCAAACAUCAGUCUCUACGUCCAUACCAGCCAUAUCCAAACAGCUCAACACCGGUGCAAGCACGUCCUGGAUUAGCGCCAGCUUUCUGAUCGCCAGCACAGCAUUUCAGCUUAUCAACGGCCGCUUGAGUGAUAUCUUCGGCCGCAAGAAGUGCCUCAUUGUCUGUCUUGCGCUGCUCGGCUUGGGCGAUCUUCUAUGUGGAUUUGCCAGAACGAAGGAACAGAUGUUCGCUUUCAGGGCCUUGGCCGGCAUUGGAGGCGGAGGCGUGAACAGUAUUGUCAUGAUCAUCGUCAGCGACAUCACCACCUUGCAGACUCGGGGCAAGUACCAAGGCAUUCUUGGCGCAGUUAUGGCGCUCGCAAAUGGCACCGGCCCUUUCAUCGGAGGCGUUCUCGUGCAGCGUGCUUCUUGGCGCUGGACCUUCUUCCUCGUGCCGAUGUUGGCCCUACCGGUGACCGUUAUCAUUGCAGUAGCUUUGCCUUUGAAACACGAUAAAGGCAACCACAUCGAGAAGUUGAAGAAGAUUGACUACGGUGGUGUGGCACUCAAUAUAGCUGGCACACUCCUAGUACUUAUUCCGCUGUCGGGUGGCGGUGUCACAUACGCAUGGCAUUCUGCUUUCUUCAUUGCAAUGUUCACCUCUGGUGCGCUCGUAUGCGUGGCUUUCGUCUUGUAUGAGUGGAGAUUGGCGCCGAUUCCCAUCAUGCCCGUGAGGCUGUGGCAGUCUGUGCCAUGCACUAGUCUCUAUGCUCAGUCUUUUUUCUCUGGCAUAUGCUUCUUUGGCAAUUUCUUCUACAUUCCAAUCUACUUGCAGAACGUUAAGCGCUACAGUCCCAUAAUCUCAGGGGCGCUCAUACUGCCACUUAUCAUAUCAACCUCUAUCUUCUCGAUCCUGGCCGGCCUGUACAUGGCAAGAUCCGGGAGGUAUCUGUCGUCAGUCGCCACCGGCUUCAGCGUGUGGACGCUGGCAGCAGGGUUUACCAUCACCUUCAGCAAACAUAGUCAUCUCUGGGCUAUUAUCAUCGUGCUGCUGGUGGAGGGAGCUGGUAUUGGGCUCACUCUCCAACCAACAUUAAUCGGCUUGCUCGCCAAUUCGCGCGAGGAAGACCGAGCUGUUUGCACUGGGCUCAGAAACUUCGUGCGGACUAUCGGUGGAGCCUUCGGUCUAAUCCUAUCUGGCGUCAUCCUUUCGAACACUCUAUCCACAAACCUCAAAGGCGAUACGUACGUCUCCGACCAGAUGCUGACAACACUUACCUCUUCUAUUGACAGUAUUGAGCAAGCGGGCUUGACCGAUGUGCAAAAAGACCGCAUUCUCGAUGUUUACAUGCAAGGCAUGCAUUACAUAUUCAUCUUCUAUACGUGCAGCAUCGCCGUGAAUGUCCUGCUGAAUCUUGGCAUUGGAAACACAAACCUAACGGCAAGAGGCAAACUCAAGCCACAAGAUGAGCAGAGCAGCCAAGAACGUACUUCAGGCUCAGCAGCCGUAGAGGAAAAUUAG